AUGUCUAAAGAAAUUAAGGAUACGGUUGUGGUAGUCACCGGCGGAGCGAAUGGUAUUGGCUUAGAUAUAUCCGAAAAAUUUCUUCAAAAAAAAUGUAGAACCGUCAUUAUUCUCGAUUUAAAUGAUGACCAAGGUAAAAAAGCUGUGAAAUCCUUAAAUUCCCAAUACGGUAAUAACAAAGCGGUUUUCUUUCAAUGCGAUAUCAGUAAAGAUAUAGAUGUGAUUUGGGACAAAAUAGUAAAUUGUUAUAACAAAGUAGACAUACUUAUAAAUAAUGCUGGAGUGGUUAAUGAAAACGAACCAAGGGAAGCUAUAAAUGUAAAUUUAACAGCAGUCAUAGAGUUAUCUUUUAAAUUUUGGGAAACUAAUCGCAAUGAUGGUUCGGGAAACGGUGGAACGAUAAUCAACUUAGCUUCUUUAUAUGGUGUUAUUAUAGAACCGUUUCUACCGGUUUAUCAGGCGACCAAGUUUGGGAUUAUUGCUUUUACGAGAUCAUUGGGACACUCGUUCAAUUAUGAAAGAUCCGGAGUGCGAGUUGUGGCUGUCUGCCCGGGUUUGACGAAUACGGAACUAGCAAACACCGUAUCCCAAAAAGCAUGGGACAAGAGAAUAAUCAGUGAUUUUUCUGCAAGAACAAAGGAACAUCCCUGGCAGAAUGUAGAUGCUGUUGGAAGAGCUACUAUUGAAGUAUUCGAAAAGGCAAUGACCGGUACCGCUUGGAUUAUAAACGGAGGGGAACCUAUUAAAGAAGUUAUGUUUUAA